GGGCGGGAGCCGGGGCCGCGGUCGGCCACCGUCAAGGUCUACAUCACGGUCCUCGACGAGAACGACAACACCCCGCAGUUCAGCGAGAAGCGCUACAUCGUCCAGGUGAGGGAGGACGUGCGGCCCCACACAGAAAUACUGCGCGUCACCGCCACGGACUCGGACAAGGACAACAACGCUCUGGUCCAUUACAACAUCAUCAGUGGCAACAGCCGGGGCCAGUUCUCCAUUGACAGCAUCACUGGGGAGAUACAGGUGGUGGCUCCCCUGGAUUUUGAGGUGGAGCGUGAAUACGCCCUGAGGAUCCGGGCUCAGGACGCGGGCCGCCCUCCGCUGUCCAACAACACUGGCAUGGCCAGCAUCCAAGUGGUGGACAUCAAUGACCAUGCCCCCAUCUUUGUGAGCACCCCUUUCCAAAUCUCCAUCCUGGAGAACGCCCCCCUCGGCCACUCCGUCAUCCACAUCCAGGCCGUGGAUGCGGACUACGGCGAGAACUCGCGCCUGGAGUACAAACUGACGGGCGUUUCAGCCGACACUCCCUUCGUGGUGAACAGCGCCACGGGGUGGGUCACGGUCAGCGGGCCUUUGGACCGGGAGCUGGUAGAGCACUACUUUUUUGGGGUAGAGGCUCGGGAUCACGGCUCUCCGUCUCUAUCUGCCUCUGCCAGCGUCACCAUCACUGUCAUGGAUGUCAAUGACAACCGCCCCGAGUUCACCCAGAAGGAGUACUUCAUCCGCCUCAACGAGGAUGCGACCGUGGGCACCAGCGUCCUCAGUGUGACAGCCGUUGAUCGGGACGUGAACAGUGCCAUCACCUACCAGAUCACGGGAGGCAACACGCGCAACCGCUUUUCCAUCAGCACGCAGGGCGGCGUGGGGCUCAUCACGCUCUCCCUGCCGCUGGACUACAAGCAGGAACGGCGCUACGUGCUCACCGUGACGGCCUCCGACCGCACGCUGAGGGACAACUGCCACGUUCACAUCAACAUCACUGAUGCCAACACGCACAGGCCUGUGUUCCAGAGUGCCCACUACUCUGUGAGUAUCAAUGAGGACCGGCCCGUGGGCAGCACUGUGGUGGUGAUCAGUGCCACGGACGAUGACGUGGGGGAGAAUGCCCGCAUCACGUACUACCUCGAGGACAACGUUCCUCAGUUCCGCAUUGAUCCAGACUCUGGGGCCAUCACUUUGCAGGCAGAACUGGACUAUGAGGACCAGGUCACCUACACGUUGGCUAUCACGGCCAAGGACAACGGGAUCCCCCAGAAAGCGGACACCACCUACGUAGAGAUCAUGGUGAACGACGUGAACGACAACGCGCCCCAGUUUGUCAGCACUCACUACCAGGGCGUGAUCUCCGAGGACGCGCCUCCCUUCACCAGCGUGCUCCAGAUCUCCGCCACCGACCGCGAUGCCCACACCAACGGGCGGGUGCAGUACACCUUCCAGAACGGGGAGGAUGGCGACGGUGACUUCACCAUAGAGCCCACCUCCGGCAUCAUUCGCACCGUGCGCAGGCUGGACCGGGAGAACGUCCCCGUCUAUGAAUUGACUGCUUAUGCUGUGGACAGGGGCAUCCCGCCUCAGCGAACACCCGUCCAUAUUCAGGUCACCAUUCAGGAUGUGAAUGACAAUGCUCCCGUCUUUCCUGCGGAAGAAUUUGAGGUCUUGGUGAAGGAGAACAGUAUUGUAGGCUCUGUUGUGACCCAGAUCACAGCCAUGGACCCGGAUGAGGGACCUAAUGCCCAAAUCAUGUACCAAAUUGUGGAAGGCAAUAUCCCUGAGAUAUUCCAGAUGGACAUAUUUUCUGGGGAGCUCACAGCCUUGAUAGACCUGGAUUAUGAGACAAAACCUGAGUAUGUGAUUGUAGUACAGGCCACCUCUGCCCCUUUGGUCAGCAGAGCCACAGUCCACAUCAAACUCAUUGACCAAAAUGACAACACUCCCGUUCUCAAGAACUUCCAGAUCUUGUUUAAUAACUACGUGUCCAACAAGUCCAACACCUUCCCCUCUGGGGUCAUAGGGAAGGUCCCGGCUUAUGACCCAGAUGUGUCUGACCGCCUCUUCUACACCUUUGAACGGGGAAAUGAGCUGCACUUGUUGAUUGUAAAUCAGUCGAGCGGGGAGCUGAGACUGAGCCGGAAACUGGACAACAACCGCCCGCUGGUGGCCUCCAUGCUGGUGACCGUCUCGG